GUGUUCUCCAACCUCGUCCCAUUCCUUGGCAUAUCUGUCAUCUACCGCUUCCACGUCUUCUUCGCGUAUUGCUGGGUGGCGAACGCGAUCAUGGGCACGCAGGUGCACCACAGCGGCCAUAAGUGGCCCUGGAUGACAGUGCUGGACCACCAGCCCAACGUGCACGACCUUCACCACGAGCUGUUCAGCUGCAAUUUCGGCAACAUCGGCAUUCUGGAUUACUUGCACGGGACUGCCCGGGACCAUGAGGCCCACUACAAGGAGAGGGCUCUCCGCGAGGAACGCAAGCAGGCAUUGCGAGACCCACUAUCCGGCAAGCAGAAGCCCUCAUGA